GGCUAGACUAGAUUUAUAAAGAUUUUGGUAGUCUAACUUUUACGACAAACAUAUCUUCAAAGUCAGAAAAAAAUGGCGACCGGAUCGACUCGCCCGGUCCGAAAUCUUAAAGCUGGGCGAUAUCGUGUUCGACAUGAAAGUGCUGAAGAUGUUGUCAUAAAACUGGAUCAUAACAAAGAGCCUUGUGAGAAUGUGAAGGAAAUUUUAAAGAAUUUAGUCUCUCAAAAUGGAGUGCCCAGUAGUAGAAAGACAGCUUACCUCAAUAGUUUUGUGAAAUUAAUCAAACAUUCUGGUUAUAGCGUUGAUCUUGGAGUACCAAUACUUGACAUCUUGUCAUGCUUAGGUAUUGGAUUGUUGAAUGAUGCCAAACAAGUCCGUACAGCAACUCUGCGUGUGAUUCGUUAUCUCUUACCUUAUAAUGAAACGCUGGAUAUUUUUUUACAUUUACAUUUUGAUUUCCUAGUUGCAAGAUGUCUUGAUGUCAGUCUCGACAAUGAAAUAGAGAGAAUCCAUGCCAUCAAACUAAUCAGACAAAUCAUUAAAACUUCCCCCAGCAAGUGCCCUAAAUCUUUGCUGUAUGUCCUUGUUGCCAUUGGUAAUGAUGGAGCUAGUGAGAGAGACAGAAUGGUGCGGGUUUCUUUAGAGACAAUAUGUGAAUUGGCAUUUUAUAAUGUUAACCUGGUAGCUCAGUGUGGUGGUAUUCAAACUCUCAUUUGGAAUAUACUUGAUUGUCAUCAGUACCCUCGGCUAAAUGAAGCCCUGACAUCUGUUAUCAUAUUUCUUCUGAACCAGCCUCAUACUAGGCCCUUCAUUCGACCCCAAGUAGACUUGGAGCGCCUACUAGCACCUUUCACUGACAGUCAUUUUCGUUAUAGUGUUGAAGAUGGAAGAAAUGAGGAGAGAGAUUCAAAAUUCAUAGCAAGUAAAAUGGCAGUCAUAUCUGUGAUGAGAUCUUGGCCAGGUCUUAUACGUCUAUGUCAUCCUGAUGGCUCAGGGAUGCAGUCUCUUAUAGGAAUACUUUAUUUACCAUAUGUGGAAAUUAGAAAGUAUGUCUUAGAAGUAAUAUCAGACUUAUUUCGUCUUACAUUACCGACUUGGUCAGAAGAUUUCGCUACAGCUUUUUCUAGUGUUGAUCCUUGUGAGAUGAAAGAUGCUUGGAAAUUGGCAGAGGGCUUUGUAGCAGAGGAGGGAAGAGCCAUUCUACCUCACAUUUCACCAACCAGACCUAAUUUGAUAGAAAAUCACCUUGCUCUUCUGUUGUCUGCUUUCUUCACUGCUGGCUUAUGUGAGGCAUUGAUAGAAGUUGUUAUUACUAGUACAGGUCCACUAUUUAACAGAGCUGUGAUCUUGCUUGGUGAAUUGCUUCACAUGGCCAAUGUUCUUCUCCCACAAGAAUGUUUACAUCACCAUGAAUGUCUGCCUACAUUGAUUUCCAUAGCUUCAUCAACUGAAUCUGGUGCUGAGAAAAGACACCAAGCAUACCAGGCAGUGAUGUACUUAACAAGAUUCCAUAAAAUGAUGAAGAGGAAAAGUCGACCCUGCACUGUGUUCCUUGACCAGUUGCUGCAGCAUGCAGGAAAGAUGUCUGAGGCCACUAACAAGCAUUGGAUCCUGCAUCGUGAGAGUCUCUCUCAUUAUUAUUUUAAAAAGGUGACUGGUGAUGAAAUGACUGUUCAAGCUAUUCGUGACUCAAAAGUGAACACAACAACAAACAACACUGAAUGGAACUGGCCUAUUAUUGCUGCUUUGUUAAAGUGGCCAGAUGACAAGUUCAAGAAAUUGGAUGAUCAGAAUCAACACAGGUUUAUCAAGCGUUUGGUCUAUUUCUUCAAACCAGAAAAUGAUUUGUUCUCAAAGACUGACAUUACUGAUCCAAACUUAAGGAAGAUCUGUGUUGUGGGAUGUCAUCUUAUUGAUUUCCUGAUCUCAUCUAACUCAGAUGAAGCUGAAAAAUUGAUCACUGAGUUGUUAUCAGAUAUUGCUGAGAAUCUCAAGGAGGUGACUAAGUUGAAUGUACCAGUAGAUGAGAAUGCAAUGUUUGGAUCCAAAAGACUUCAAGACAAAAUGUGUCGUUACUAUUUUCUCUUCAUCGGAAGACUAUCUGCCACAAAAAAGGGAACUGUGCAUUUAGAAAAAAAUGGAAUCAUACAGACCCUCUUAGAACUGAUGUCUCCCAGUACCAAUAUACUUUAUGUGAAGCUUGCCAUUUCCUGUUUGAAUUAUGCUGCUGAUGGUUCCACUAGGCCUAUUUUGUCUAAAGCAUUGACAGCAACCCAAGAUGUUUGUCGCCUGUAUGCUACCAAAUUAUUGCGUGUGUUGAUGCGGGCCUGCACUCCUGGUUUCAGUACAUGGGGUAUUGAGCUACUUAUAACUCAGCUAUAUGACCCAGAGAAAAGUAUUGCAAUGUCAGCAGUCAACAUUUUAGAUGAAGCUUGUGACAAUGAGGAGUAUUUAAAAAGUGUCAUCAAGUUGAGGCCCUCACUGCUUCAUCUAGGAGAGAAGGGAAUUAUGCUGUUAACUAGAUUUGUUUCCAAUGUCCAGGGAUUCCGUUCUCUCAAUGAUGCCAACUUUAUUUCCUCUCAACUUGAGCAAUGGCAUAAGUCUUUCAAUAAGCAGUAUGUAGAUAUAGUUGAGGAAAUGCUGAAUGAGGCUCUUACUACAUAUGAGAAGUCAUUUACUGGGUCCUGCCCUAGAAGAUCUAUUCUCAAAGGUCCCAAGAAAGAUGUGUAUCUUCCAGUACAUUUGUAUGGUCAGCUUACUUUACAUGAUGAGGGUCUAGAUGUAUUACGUAAACAGGAUUGUAUCAAGGAGUACUUGCAAUGUGUCAUUGAACAAAGAGUAUCAAACAAUACAGAGAUCACUGAAUUAAAAACAGCUUUAUGGGCAUUGGGCCACAUUGGAAUGUCUUGUGAUGGUUUGGCUUGGCUAGAAACUGAAAAGAUUAUACCUGAAAUUAUUCGUCUAGCUGAAGAAAAUGGAGUAUUUUCUAUUAGAGGAACUGCCUUCUUUGUGCUGGGUUUGAUUGCUAGCACUAGGAAAGGAACAGAUAUACUCAACCAACUUGGCUGGGAGUCAAGGUGCCAUACAAGAAAAGAAAUUUUUCCUGUACUUGAUCAAGAUGGCUGGAUGCAUGGUCCAGUGGAAGAAGCUCUUUUUAACAGUGACAGGCUAGCAUCGAGCAGCCAUCAAGAAAAUCAUCGCAUUUCUUCCAUGGGCAGCAUGAGUCUCUCACUGAUUCAAGAGGAAACAUUCCCACGUAAAACAAAUCCUUCUGCUGCCGAUUUAGGCGCAUCAUCCGUCCCAUCCACUAAAGACCCGAACCAAAGACAUUCGUCUGCAAGCUGCCAAUACACCAUGGGCACUUUAAAUGUCUCAAAUGCCACUGGUUACUACAAGACUUCUUCCCAUGACUCUGAAAACUAUAAUAAAUAUCAGUCUUUACCAUCCAGGUCUCAAUCAGAGCGUGGAGUUUCAAAAACUUUUGGGGACAUACGACCUCGUGCUCAGACUGGUGACAAAAUAACUCUCAGGGCUUCUCAUCCCUCUUCACCAUCAAAGUAUGAUUCAGUGCCUAUAAAUAUAAACUCGAUCACUUUAGAUGUGACUGAUCAAUAUACAUCGAAAGAGCCCACCAAAGUUAGGCAAUCUACUUCUCGUGACUCUAUUCAACUGAUUGCUUCCCCUAUUGUUAAAUUAAGAACUAGUUCAGAUGAGGAUUCUGCCAUCCUUGAUAACUUUGGUUCUCAGCCCAAUGAUAUUGGCACAUUAUUAACUGUUGAAUGUUCAUCUGUGUCUUCAGCAACUGUAAAUGGUUCUUUACAUUCCCAUAAUGGAGCUGAUAGUGUAUCAAACAAAGAAACAUCUGGCAGACUUUCAGUUACCCCUGACACUAAUGCCUCCAAAGAUGUUGUGAGUUUUAAAAUGGGGGCGCCUUCACUUCUUGUCGGGAAAGAGAUAAGUGGCACUGAGAACUCAUUUCGGAGCAAGAGUAGAGGAAGUAGUUUCAACACUACGGACACUAGUGGUGUUGGGUCUUGUGACUCAAACACCUUACCAGCACCAGGCAGCAUCUCAUCAACAUUUUUAAACAAUGCCUUAACCCCCAUCCCCAGCUCCUCUUCCCUCAGCACUCUGACAGGUACCUCAACUCUCAAACUGCCAGUGGAACCUGUCAAGGAACCAGUGCACCACUCUGUGUUACAGCGAAGCCUUUUCAGACUUUCCCGCAUUCCCAGUGCCAAAAGACGCUCAGCAUCUCCUGCCCUUGGCAUCACUGCUAAUGGGGGUCAGUCCUUUACCUCUCAAAGAGAUGCUCUGGGAUAUGCUGCUCUCAGAAACAUUAAAAGACAACGAACGUAUAGUGCUGAAGGUGAUGGGGAGGUAACAUUACUAGAGGCAACCUCAUUGCAUCGUACAAUCAGCCAGGACUCAGAGCUUAGUGUCGAGAGCAAUAUGUGGCUAAGCAUGAGACGAAAUGUAAGUAGUGUAUCAUUACAAGAACAAGAUGUGCCUUCAUCACCUAUCUCAAGUCUCAAUAGGGCAGCCUUCAAGCCUUUGUCACCUAGCAAUCGAUUUGUUGGCAUAACUCUUCCUGUAGAUAUCAAAAUGAUCUUUGAGGACACAGAAGCUGAGACAUUAAGAAAAACUUCAACAGACUUAGACACAGGCUCAGCCUCUGACAGUCUAAAAGCUGGUGUUCCUCCAUUGAAGAAGGAAAUGUCCUUUGAACACACCACAGAGGUCUGUAUUGUUUGCAAUAGGUACAGAAAGAAAGCAGUACCAAGCUCAUUAAAUACUUCUUAUACAAUAUCAAAAGGUCAGGAUACAGAGGCAGUAAAAUUAGACCAAAGUGAUGCUGUCCACUCCAUGUUUGAUAUAGUUCGGACAAGGGGAGGCAGCAUGAAUGACCAUUCAUCUUCUGCCACUCCAGGCAGCCAGACAAGUGGAUCAAGUGGUCAUGAAACAGCAGAGAAAAAAUUACGGGAAGACAGUGAGGAAGGAAGAGAACUGAUCCGUCUGGAAGUCAUGAGAUUGAUUGUCAACCUGGGCAGUUCUGUAGGCUUGAAGAGUUCAGAGACAGGACUGCUAAGCUUGAAGCAAAGAUUCCCAAAGUGUUUUCAAAGUAUUUGCUUUUAUUCUGAAGUAUGCCAUUUACUGUCUACAUACUCCUAUAGACUUGUGGCCAGGAGAUUUAUACAUGAGUUGUUUGAUGAAUUAGACUUAGUAGAGCUUUUAGCAGCCCCCUGUCAGUAUCUAGGCCUAGAACUAGACCCAAGUCCACAUAUGGCCCCCAUCAGACAAGACAGCUUGGAUGAUUUUCAGGACUUUUCAUUUGCUUAGAUGCACAAAGGAAAAGAUGAAUCUAAGAACAGAAGCUAGAGCUGAAGUUAUUUUUGUGCUGGGAUGAGUAUCACUUUAAACAUAGGCAGCUGUAUCUUUGAGCUUUUGACAGGACAGAUUCAUCAUUCAUUUACUAAAGAAGUAGGACUGCGCUAGGACUUCUGUAGUGUGCACAUCUUAGCCUUGCACUAACUUCUCAUGUGUGUGUGAAGCUGAUACUCCAGAACAUCCCUAUACAACUAUCAUAGAGUACAAACAUUUUUUUUUGUCAUCAUUCCAUGUCAAGAUUUUGAUGUUUUUUUUUUUUUCAAGACAAGUGAACUGUGUACAUAUACAUUAUCUGUGAUUCACUAAUCAAGACCCAGUCAAAAUGUGUGUAGUGAUAAACUGAUGCAUUGUAUUUAUUCCUCAAGUAUGCAUGUGUUAUUGUGUGUGCAGUGGUGGUAUGUUGACAUCGAAGGAGAGUACCUCAUAGCAAUUUUGAACAUUGCUUUUAUUUUCUUUUUGUAUACUUAUUUUAUUGUUUAAACUCGGCACCUCUACCUUUUUUUUUUUAAUUUGUAUGAGCCACUGCUAUGUAUGAGUGUACAAUUCAUGUCUCAGGGUUUCUGGACAAGUGGAAAUAUAGUAUAGAAUGUUAAGGAAUGAUCUGUGAUAAGUGUAAAUGGUGCUUUGUGACUGACAGCCUAAAAGAUACUGCACAGUGUUUUUAUACUAAAGUAACUAGAUGUAGAAUUGACUUCUCUGACUGUUAAUAAAUAAUACACAUGAA